AGAAAACACUUUCGCAAAACCAAGUGUUAGGAAGCCACAUCCAGGAACUUGAAAAGAAAAGAUGCGCCUUGGACAGUUCAGGCCCUAAGCUGGGGGAGCUACAUUGAUCUGGACCCAUCAUCUUUUUACCGAGCACCAUGUUUUCGAGGAAGAAGCGUGAGCUGAUGAAAACACCCUCCAUCUCCAAGAAGUGCCGAGCGGGGAGCCCUGUGCCCCCAGCCUCCUUGGAGCUUCCACGCCGAGAUGGCCUGGAUGCAUCGACUUCCAGCCUGGUGGAUUUUUCUUCAUCAGCCAGCGCAGCUACUCUGAAGCGACCCACAAGUCUCAGCCGCCAUGCCAGUGCAGCAGGAUUCCCUCUGUCCCCUGCUAUUCCCAGAGGUCUUGCCAAACCUCACAAGCCCCACAGUACCUAUAGUCCCAAUGAAAUCAGCGAAGGGAGCCUAACAGAACCAGAGGAUAUUUCACAACUGCUUGCUGACGUGGCUUGUUUUGCAGAGCGCCUGGAGAAGCUGAAGGAUGUUGUAUUGCAGGAGGAUGGCCUAGAAUCUCGAAGGUCACUUGCCCACGAAUGUCUUGGAGAAGCCUUAAGAAUUCUUCGGCAAGUCAUUAACAAAUACCCGCUGCUCAACACCUUGGAGACCUUGACAGCAGCCGGGACCCUCAUCUCCAGGGUCAAAGGCUUUCACUAUGAAUCUAACAACGAAGCUGAAAAGCGUGAAUUUGAAAAGGCCGUGGAGAUGAUUGCAGUCUCCUUCAGUAGCACUGUCUCUGAAUUCCUCAUGGGAGAGGUGGACAGUAGUACCAUCCUUUCAAUUCCUCUUUCUGAUCUGAAUCAGUCGGUGGAAAAUCUAUAUGGGGGCAUUACAAGUUUGGGACCAGAAGACGUGCUGAAUAGUAGGGAAGAUUUCAGUUCAGCACGUCUGUCAGUUGAAGAGGUGAACGUGCUCCUUCAGAAGUGUGAUGGAGGGGUAGACUUUGCCCUCAAAUAUGCCAAGAACAUAUCCAAAUACAUGAAGGAUCUUAUCUACUAUAUGGAGAAAAGGACGGUUCUGGAAAUCGAGUUUUCCAAAGGACUUCAGAAGAUAGUGAAUACCUGCAAGCACACCAUCACUCAAGAGCCCUCCAUGCCGUUCCUCUCCAUCUACUCGCUGUCCCUGGAGCAAGACAUGGAGUACAGUCUCAGCUCCCUGCAGGCGGCCACCACCUUGCGAACUGAAACAUAUAUGCAGCCCCUGUCCCUGAGGCGCCUGGAGCAUGAAAAGCGGCGGAAGGAGAUUAAGGAGCAGUGGCACCGAGCCCAGAGGAAGCUGCAAGAAGCCGAGAACAACUUGCGCAAGGCCAAGCAGAUGUACAUGCAGCGCUCGGAGGAGUGUGAAAAGGCCUGGCAUGUGAUGGCCAAAGCGGAAGAGGAUCAGCUGGUGUCUAGCAACAGCUCCGCCACCUUGAAGAACUUGGACAAGAAGCGACGGCUGGAAGAAGAAGCCAGGAACAAGGCCGAAGAAGCCAUGGCAACAUACCGGACCUGCAUCGCAGAUGCCAACACACAGAAGCAGGAGUUGGAGGACACCAAAGUGACAGCGCUUCGGCAGCUCCAUGAGGUGGUCAAGCAGAGCGACCAGGUCAUAAAGUCGGCUACCAUUUCCUUCUAUCAAAUCAUGCAUAUGCAGACAGCCCCACUGCCUGUCUAUUUUCAGACAUUGUGCGAGAGCAGCAAACUCUAUGACCCUGGGCAACAGUAUGCCUCUCACGUCAAGCGGUUGCAGCGGGGCGACGAACCUGAGACACAAUAUGAUUUUGAGCCCUACGUGUCAACCAACAACUGCUCUCCGGUGACUCGGGCAAGAAAAGGCAGCUACGGUAUUACUGAAUCCACAGGAACAAGUAGCUCUGACACCUCCAGUAAAGAUGGAGCAGCCUCCGAGGGUGACACAGCCGCAGGUCGAGAGCCACAGAACCGUGGGCGGAGUCACCAGGGACACAAAUCAUGGCCAACAGCCAUCACAGAGACCAAGGACAGUCUGGAAUCCUCUGCCACAAUCCCAGGUGAGUUUCCUCAGAUGCCUUCCAAUGGAUCAUUAUCAUCCCCUAGAGAUGACUCAGAUGGACAUUCACCAUCCUUCGAACAGAGUAUUAAUGAAAUGACUCCAGGAAUCUCUACAUCCACCGGCCCUUUCCGGCAUAUCAGCUUGUCCAGGGCUGCCCAGACCCACCGGCUGAGGAAGCUGCGGACCCCCUCCAAGUGCCGGGAGUGCAACAGUUACGUCUACUUCCAGGGAGCUGAAUGUGAAGAGUGUUACUUAGCCUGUCACAAGAAAUGCCUGGAGACUCUGGCCAUCCAGUGCGGACACAAGAAACUUCAAGGCAAACUGCAGCUCUUUGGGCGGGACUUUGCGCAGGCUUCCCACACCGGCUCUGAUGGCGUCCCCUUCAUCGUCAAGAAGUGCAUCAGCGAGAUUGAAAGGCGGGCCAUGAAAACAAAAGGCAUCUACCGUGUUAAUGGAGUGAAAUCCCGCGUGGAGAAGCUCUGUCAGGCUUUUGAGAACGGGAAAGAGCUGGUUGAGCUGUCUCAGGCCUUACCACACGACAUCAGCAACGUGCUGAAGCUCUACCUUCGCCAGCUCCCAGAACCAAUCAUGCCCUUCCGGAUGUACAACAGCCUUAUGGGGCUGGCCAAGGAGACCUUGCAGAGUCGGUCCGACAGCAGGGCAGGGAGAAGCACUGGGGAGCCAGUGGACACGAGCAGUGAGUCAGAGAAAGCUAUGGUAACAAAGCUGAACGAGCUGCUAAAAGAACUUCCAGCCAAGAACUUUGCCACCUUGAAGUGUAUCGUGCAGCACCUGAAAAGGAUUAUAGAACUUGAAGAUGACAAUAAAAUGUCUUCUAGCAACCUGGGAAUUGUCUUUGGCCCCACAUUAAUGCGUCCUCGACCCACCCAAGCUACCAUCUCCCUCUCUUCCUUGGUGGAUUACCCCCACCAGGCAUGCAUUGUUGAGGCACUCAUAAAUUUCUAUGCUACUAUCUUUGAGUCCAAUGGCGUAUCUCCAGAUGGCACAGAAGAAACGAUCAGGGAAGCUGAAGAGCUGGAGGCUGAAGGAACACAACCCGACAGUGAAGUCCAGUAUCUUGAAGCAACCUCUGAGCAGACAGAAGCUGCUCUUGAUGAAGAUUCCUUCAGAGAACCGGACACUCCCUUUAUCGAUUCGGAUUCUGAGCCAGAAGAUGGCACAGAUGCAGCCAUUGAAGGAAUCCCACAGGCCAACUCGGGACCAAGAGGCAGUGAGACCAGUGGUGAGGAGGAGAGCCCAUCUGGUGAGGAUGCCAGUGAGGAAGCGGUCCUAAGGGAGAGGCCCAGCGUUGAACAAUCAGACCCUGAGGAUGCUUCACCCCUACAUCGCCUAGGCCUAGCCGAAGGUUGCUGGGAAGCAGAAGGAGAUGCUGUCUUCAGGAGCGGAGAUGAUGAUGAGAACAGCAACGGGAAGGUUGAAAGUCUUCUGGUGGACCUCAACACCAACCAGUCUAACAACUCACUUUUCUCACAUUUGCUGAUCAACUAA